AUGGCGCACUCCGCCGUGCCAUCGUCGCGCUCGCUCGCGCACGAGGAGGGCAUCACGACCGAGAUGCUCGUGACCGCGUGUUCGCUGCAUUCGACGGCGAGGCGCGGGCGCGAUGAGACCCUGGACGACUUCCUGGCUCGCGCGACGCACAUCCACCUCGAAAACAAGGGUCUGGACCAGAUAGGCGGGCAGAUGCACAAAUGCAGGAGCGCGCUGUCGCUGUACCUCCAAAACAACGCCCUCUCGGUUCUGGCCGGCCUCGAGAGCCUCUCCAAGCUCACGCACCUCUACCUUCAGGACAACGCCGUGUCCGAACUCGCCGGCAUCGGCCGCCUCCACUCCCUCCAGAAGCUCUACCUCGACGGCAACAAACUCUCCGUCGUCUCGGGCCUCGAGGAGUGCAAGCACCUCGAAGAGCUGCACGUGUCCCGCCAGCACGGAGCAGUCACGGCGCCGGCAGGGCUCCAGUUCGACGCGGCGUCCCUCGCCGCCGUCGCGCCGACCCUGCGCGUGCUCGGGUGCGCGGACAACCGCAUCGACCGCGACGGCGUCGCCGCGCUGUCCCGGCUCCCGCGGCUGCAGAAGGCAGACCUGCGCAACAACAGGAUCGGUGCCGCGGCCGAGCUGCAGCCGCUGCUCGAAGGCAGCCCGCGCCUGCGCCACAUCGAGGUCGCCGGGAACCCGCUCUGCCAUGACGAGCCGAGGUUCGCGGACACGCUGAUCGUCCUCGGGGACGAGCUCUCCGUCAUCGACGAGCGCGAAGUGACGCGGCAGGAACGCGAGUUCCUCCUCCGCCUGCACCUCCGGCGCCUCAAGCGUCAGGAAAGCGGCGCCGCGGCGUCGCCGUCGUCGAACGGGGCGGGCGCGGGGCGUUCGCCGCACUCCGGCCAGGGCGACGGUGCAGGCGCAGGGCGGGGCCGCGGGGGCGGGCGAGGCGGGCGAGGAGCCGGGAGCGGAGGGCGGGGGCGCGGCAUCGUCAUGCACGGGUCGACCGUGGACCGGCAGGAGACGACUCAGAAGGGCCAAACCGGCAGCCUGAGCCCGAUUCAGGCCAUGACCCGCAAACCGCGACCAGCGUCGUUCCGGAGCAUGUUUGCCUAG